AUGAACUCUGCAUUAAAGCCAGUACUUCCACAACCGGGCGUACCUCAACCGGGGGGUCAAGCUAGUCCUGCUAAAGGUAAUGUGGCUAACGCUAAUCACACAGUGGGCUUACCCCAGGGCGCGCAAAAUUCCCUCCUACCUGGCACAAACAAUCUUGUAGGCCAGAAUUUAAUCCACCACAUACCUAAUCCACCACCGGUGCCCGCCCACGCAGUACCAUCGAUGGCGCCAAUUUCAGCUAACAUGGCUCAGAUGGCACAAAACAUGAGCCAUCAUGGCAACCUCUCACAUGCCACACCAAACUCAAUAACUCCAACAAAUGUGGCAGCAAGUCCCAGCAAAAGUGCAACAACAAGUGCUCCUGCUCCAUUAAGUCUUGUGCAAGAUAAACCGGCAACAACUCAGCCCCCACAACCACUUGCCUUAACAAGAACACCGGAGAAAAAAGAACCAGAUUCUACAGCUCAAGCAAAUGGUGCUAUAGACUCUCCUAAAACUGGAAGUAGUGCACCAGCUCCAUUGAAGCCACAGAAUCCAGAAACAAAAGAUAAGCCAGAUAUAGCUAAAACAUCACCCAGUACUCCUAAGCCACCUGAGAAACCUGUAACAUCUCAGAAUAUACCACAGAAAGCAGAAACAUCUAAUACUGGAAUUGCAUCAGAUCCUCUUGUACAACCUAAAGUAGCUACAGCUAAUGAGCCACCUGAAAAGUCUCCUUCUAAACCAAUAGAAUUAAAAUCUGCUCAAACAGCAGAUGUUGCACCAACACAAAGUGACAAUAAACCAACACCUGAAUCUGCUAAUGAAAAUCAGUGUCAAGCUUCCACCAUGCCAUCACUUCAAAAAGAAUCAUUACCAAAUGAAAAUCCUAAGCCAGAGCCAACAAAAUCAGAAGAAAAUGGAGAAAGUCCAGAAAACAUACCUAACUUAGAAGGAAAGGUUGGUGAACAAAAAGAUAAUGAAGAUUCAUCAAUUAAAUCAGAAGAAAAUAAAACAUCAAAAGAAGAUAAAACAGAAGAAAAGUCAGAAUCUAAGACUCCAUUAAAGUCUGAAACUAAAGUAGCUGCCAAGUCAACACUGAAGUUAGCUACAGUCACUCCUAUGAGAAAACGAAGACAAGCAUCUGAAAAAAGUGAAACAACACCGGCCAAAAAACCUGCUGAUGAAAGUACACCUGACACAAAAUCUAAGAGAAAUCGGACUAAGGUUCAAUUAUACCAGUCACCAACACCAGAAAUAGCGAUGGCUACAAAGUUGUCUGCCUCAGCUGGAAGAUCCACUCCAACUAAACAAAAUGAUGACAAACUUAUUGUGUUUUAUAAAAAUGAAUACCUGGCUGUACGAAAUGCUGAAGGAGGUUUUUACGUGUGUCAAGCUCUUCAGAAUGUAUACCGUACUACACGAAAAAUUAAAAUAAGGUGGCUCUCACAAGAUAAAGGUGACCCUACUGGAGAAACAUACAAACCAGAUUUUUAUGAUGUCACUGAUAUGGAGUGUGUACUAACUACACUAUCUCUGACGCGGUCUGCAAGUGGAGGCGGGGCGUGGUUACUGCGACCGGCCGAACAAGCUCGUGCCACUUCUAUACUACAGAGGGCGCUGAAGGCUGAACAAAGUGGGGCCAACAUACCCUUGACGGAGGAACACCCUGAUGGACUGGAUCUCUCGCUGUACACAGACGAGUCACAACUCGAAAAGAAAUCGAGGAAACGCUCCAGCUCAAAGUCUUCGCCUAAUUCGAAAGAGGACACUGAUACUUCGAAGGAAGAAGCUACCCCUAGUAAAAAAGCCCGAACGACACCAAAGCGUAGUCCGCGCUCCGCGAAAAAGAGAAAGUCCCCAAAAUCGGGCAAAAACUCCGCUAAAGCGAAAUCAUCAGGUAGUACGCCCAGUGUGGCGGUCACAAGCAAGGUAGGCAUAGUACGGCGGAUUUAUAGACAUACGGCCACUGCGGUGUCGGAGAAAUCGGAUAAAAAAACUCCGACCAAAAAGACGCCCACUAGAUCGACCAAAGCCACACCGGCCAAAACUUCGCCGGCCAAAACGGAAUCGCCGGUCACGCGCAAGGGCAGAAAAGCGGCCAAAGAGGCAAAAAGCUCGCCAAUCGUUCCCACUCCCUCUACAUCGACGGGUAAAACCACUCGCACACCACGGAAACCACCUUCCAAGAAAUAA